CCAGGUGUCGGACGUCGACACGAUGGAGGAGAAGUUAGUCAGAAAGGAGGAAGAAGAGGAAUAAAAGGAGGAGCGGGAAGAAGAAACGGAAGAAAAAGAGGAGGAGUUCUUUGGUUCCAUUUCCGUGUUGACUUUCUAGCACCGUCUCGUCGUCUUGUUGGAACUUUUGCAGCUUUAAAAAACACUUAAAUGUACCGGAACUUCGUAGGGCUGCUGGCCCGGGGGACGAGGGGCUGGCUGGGCGCCGCUGGGUCGGUUCUACCGGCGUCCACGUCUCGGCUGCGGUGCCGCGACUACUCCUCGGCCGUGGACCGGGACGACGACCCCAACUUCUUCGCCAUGGUGGAGGGCUUCUUCGACCGCGGCGCCGCCAUCGUGGAGAACAAGCUGGUGGAGGACUUGAAGACCCGGGAAAGUGUCGAGAACAAGCGGAAGCGAGUCCGCGGGAUCCUGCGGAUCAUCAAGCCGUGCAACCACGUCCUGAGCGUCAACUUCCCCAUCAAGAGAGACAGCGGAGAGUGGGAGGUGGUGGAGGGCUACCGGGCUCAGCACAGCCAGCACAGGACGCCCUGCAAGGGAGGGAUUCGAUACAGUAUGGACGUGUCUAUCGACGAGGUCAAAGCGUUGGCAUCGCUGAUGACGUACAAAUGCGCAGUGGUCGAUGUCCCCUUUGGAGGAGCCAAGGCUGGACUCAAGAUCGACCCCAAGAAGUACUCCGACAACGAAAUGGAGAAGAUCACCAGGAGGUUCACUGUGGAGCUGGCCAAGAAAGGUUUCAUCGGACCCGGUAUAGAUGUUCCUGCUCCAGACAUGGGCACUGGAGAGAGGGAGAUGUCCUGGAUCGCAGACACCUUCGCCACCACCAUGGGACACAACGACAUCAACGCUUACGCCUGUGUCACGGGGAAGCCCAUCAGCCAGGGAGGGAUCCACGGUCGGAUCUCGGCCACGGGACGAGGAGUUUUGCACGGCAUCGAGAACUUUGUCAACGAGGCGGCAUACAUGAGCAAGCUGGGAAUGUGUCCCGGCUUCCAGGACAAGACCUUCGUCAUCCAGGGUUUUGGCAACGUGGGCCUCCACUCCAUGAGGUACCUUCAUCGCUUCGGAGCAAAGUGCAUCGGCAUCGGAGAGUGGGACGGAAGCAUCUGGAACCCGGAAGGCCUCGAUCCCAAAGAGCUGGAGGACUACAAACUGGCCAACGGGACCAUCGUGGGCUUCCCCAAGUCCACGCCGUAUGAGGGAAGCAUCCUGGAGGCCGACUGUGACAUCCUGGUUCCCGCCGCCAGCGAGAAGCAGCUGACCAAGAGCAACGCCCACAAGAUCAAGGCCAAGAUCAUCGCAGAGGGUGCAAACGGUCCAACCACACCCGAGGCCGACCAAAUCUUCCUGGACAGAAACAUCUUGGUCAUCCCGGACAUGUACCUGAACGCCGGUGGCGUGACCGUCUCCUACUUCGAGUGGCUGAAAAACCUCAACCACGUCAGCUACGGACGCCUGACGUUCAAAUACGAGCGCGACUCCAACUACCACCUGCUCAUGUCGGUGCAGGAGAGUCUGGAGCGCAAGUUCGGAAAACACGGCGGCGCCAUUCCGGUCGUUCCCACCUCAGAGUUCCAAGCGCGGAUCGCCGGGGCCUCCGAGAAGGACAUCGUCCACUCGGGCUUGGCCUUCACCAUGGAGCGCUCGGCCAGGCAAAUCAUGCAGACCGCCAACAAGUACAAGCUGGGCUUGGACCUGCGCACCGCCGCCUACGCCAACGCCAUCGAGAAAGUCUUCAAGGUUUACAGCGAGGCUGGACUGAUCUUCACGUAGCCCCUCGUCGUCCGUGGUCGCCACGCCGCCGCUUUCCAUCAGCUCUGUCUGCUACAGUACGUUUAUCUGUUUGUGUGCGUGUGUGUGUGUGUGUGUGUGUGUGUGUGUGUGUGUGUGUGUGUGUGUGUGUGUGUGUGUGUGUGUGUGUGUGUGUGUGUGUGUGUGUGUGUGUGUGUGUGUCAAUCUGUCGUGAUGGUCACUUAGACGUUCAGUCAGUCAUUGUUUACCUUUUGAUACACUCAUUCACUCAGCUGUUUUUCAAUUCAGACGAAUAAAGACUGAAGCUUU